AAUAGAAAUGCAUACUGCAAGAGAAGAAAAGCCUGGUGUGUAUAAAAAAAGAAGUUCUCUCGUUGAUGGUAAACAUCAUGUUGUGCUGGAAGGGAAUAUGAAAUUUAUAAAUUCCAUGGAUUUUCCUGCUGAAGUGAUGUGUUGUCGAUAUGAUAACCAAGGCAAAUUACUGGCAUUGGGUUUGUCUAAUGGGAUAAUUAAGAUAUAUUCAACAGAGAGUAAAAGUAUUGUUUACAGUCUUCACAGUACGGAUGAAAACCUUCCAGUUACAUGUGUCCGGUGGAAACCUGACAGCGCUAUUCAAUCAUAUGGAAAUUUUUUGUUAGCAGUUUAUGCGUCUGGGACAGUAAGACAAUGGCAUGUCAGCACAAGUAAGUGUGUACAUUCACAUACAGAGAAUGUCCAAAUGAUGGCAUGUGCUUUUAAUAAUAGUGGAAGUAAUUUUGUGGUGGGUAGGAGCGAUGGUAGAAUUAACUUAUAUGAUACAGAUACAAGCACAGUUGUUAUGGUGAUGGAACCAAGCAUGAACUCUGAAAUAAUGGAUGGACAUGUGAUGAGAGUGUUUGCAGUUCAGUUUAACCCUGAAGAUAAAAAUGUUUUUGUCUCUGGUGGUUGGGAUGAUACUAUACAGUGGUGGGACUCAAGGGAGAAAGGUGGGUAUUCAAUCAAAAAGAUAACAGGUCCACACAUCUGUGGAGAAGGGCUUGAUAUUCAACAUGGAACCUUAAACAUGUUGGCUGCAUCAUGGAGGAAACAGAAUAACUUACAAGUGUUUGAUUUUGGUACUGGUAAAUUAAUCAAAGAAAUACCUUCCGAUUAUAAUAAAAGCAUGUUGUACUGCGCACAAUGGUUGGGAAGGGAAUCCAUCGUUGCUGGUGGAAGUCAUGCUAAUUCUAUGAGAUAUAUCGAUAUAAACUCACUUCAGACGAUCGGAAGCGCGUUGAAUCUACCUGGUGCUUGUUAUUCAUUGGAUCACAAAACAACUCAUCAUCCGCACGUGGCGGUGUGUGCAAGUAAAACUCUUUAUAUCGUCCAAGAUACAAUGUAGCGAAACCUCCUGAACUAAAUCUAAGAAUCUCCAGGAACUAAAAUUUAUUUCAAUAAGGUGCUCAGGAACACAGAAAACCGGUAGAUUUAGCAAAUUUUGACAAAAUGUAUAUAUAAAAUGUGGAUAAUUGUCUAGACAAAGCUGGAAAGUCCCUUUUUGGAAAGUAUUACCGAUUUGGUUCGCUUAGCUCAAUUAAAAUAAAUAAAAACGCCAAGAAAAACAUUAAAGAAAGUGAAAAUUUUCGAAAGGAUAAAAACAGCUUGUGAUUAUUCUCGUUUUAUAGGCACAAUUUAAGAACAAAACAAAAACAUUUUGUAUUCAGGCUAAAUAAAUGGUUGUGCUCGGGCUUCAUAAUACCUGCAGCGGGAAUGCUUAUAUAAAAAUAGCGUAUCUUUAAUUUCAAUCUAUUUUAAACUGAUUUUCAUGUUUUCGAAUUUUUUUUUUCACUGAGAAACUUAUGAUAAAGAACUAAAAGUCUCUAUAUGGGCUUUGCUAGGUUUUUUGAUUUUCCCUAUAUUGUCUUCCCAUUUGUAUUUUACAAAUACUGUUGGAGAAAUUAGGAUAGUACUUACCCGACCUAGUAUUUAUUUACAAAACUUAAAGAUCACUAAACACUGCAGUGUUGACAUCGCUAUCGCCAUUUUUAUUUGAUGGUCAUGUUCCAAUGUUGCCAGAAAUUCAAAAGUUUUAUCGUUUUUGCCAGAUGUAUAUAUUUCUAUGUGUAUAUUUAAAAGGUUAAUAUAUAUUAAAGUGGAUUUAUAUUUUCUUGAAAUGUUUGCUAGGUGUAUAUUUUCAGAAAUACGAUAUCUUCUUUGAUAUGGUGUAAGUAUGUAAAAUAUGGUCCGCCCGCCAAAUGAUAAGUUUUUUUUUUUUUCAUAUUUUAAUUUAAGCGAUGCAAAGAGUUCCUUUCAGGUUAGAUCGUUUUUGUUUAUUUAAUUUUAAAAUCUAAAAAAAUGUAUUCUUAUAUUUGUAUAUUUUGAAUACGGGAAAUAAUUUGUUAGAGAAGAAUUAGUUGAGAGUUAUUACUGA